GCUUCGCUCGCUUCACAGCAAAAGGCAGUGUAGAUAGGCUUGCUCAUACAUAUCCAACACGGUGGGCGCGCGCGUGCCUGCCAUGGGCGGCGCCGGCGUGCUUUUCUCGGCGUCGUUCGUUGUGUUGGUGGCGGCGCUGGCGGUGCCCGUGCUUGCGGACGGCGCCUCGCCGGAAGCGGGCCGGGUGGCUGCUGAUCAUCAGGUGCAGAGCGUAGAGGGGGCUGCUGGCCGGAACGGCGGUUACAAUGCCAGCAGCGUCACCGGCCGGAAGGACGGCGGCGGUGGAGGCGGGGGUGGGUGGGGCAGCAGCGGAGGGACCUCGUGGAGCUACGGCUGGGGGUGGGGCUGGGGCACCGAGGGUGGCGGGGGCGGAGGCGGCGGUAGCAGGGAAGGAGGCGGCGGCGGCGGUGGAGGAGGAGGAGGAGGCGGCGGUGGUAGUGGUGCAGGUGGAGGCGAUGGAAGUAGUGGAACGGCAGCGCGCGGCGGGAGGAGGGUGACGGCGCGGCGGCGUCGGCACCGGCCGAGCUACAGCUCGAGCCUGUACCGCGUGGGGGAGUACGCGCGGUGCACGGCGCCCGGGCGGUGCCGCGGCAUGCGGCUGCUGUGCCCGAUGCACUGCGACGGGCCCUGCUUCUACGACUGCGACGCCAACUGCAGGGCACACUGCCGCUUCUAGCUGCCCGCCGCCGCCGGCGCGUGGUCGUCGAUCUCCUCCGGCGCCACGGGCGUCGCAUCGCCGGUCGCCGCUGCUUGCUUUGCUCCCUCUCUCUGCUCUUGGUGUGCUGCCUGUGCUCGGCUUUCCUGCUUUCUUGGUGAGAUGACAUGCCGUGCGUCGUGUGCUUUUGAUGGCUGUCGCGAUUGUUCAGCCCGAUUGCUGCUGCCACCGUCUCAGGCUUUUUCGUUCUGAAUCUGUCUUCUGACGGUGUACAGCUUGUUUGCUGCCUGUAAUUGAGGAGGAUGCGUCUCGUUCAGACCUAUUUUUCAUCAGCUUAAUCAAAAGAGUGCAUCUUGGGGGCUAACCGUGCCUGACCUGACCAUGUGAGGAUUUUUCUAGUAGCGUGAUCAUCAUGGUGUGUAUUGAUAGGAUAGUGACAGGGUCGUUUUUAUUUCCAUGAACAUGCUUUGGUACAGCUUCAUUCUAAAAUCCUAGGCAUGUUAAAAACAAAA